AUGAUAUGGAAACUCUUUCGCCCAGGUGAUCUUGUUCUCCGAGAGGAUGAGAUUGGCAACCUAUGGCUUUUUGUUUUAAUCCAAGCUACCUACUCCUCAAUAGUACCUCGAAACAGUCAUACAUGGGUUGGAGAAGAAAAGAAGGAGGCAAAUUUCAAAACCUGGUCCCUAAGAUGGAAUGAAGCCAAUGGCUGCCUCGAGAGGAAGACCACUUUCUUUCGAUGCACGAAAUUUUCUGGCCAGCAACCUAUCAAAACGCUCCCCGUCUAUCCAAUUCGUUACCAAGAGGAUAUUAAAGGAGAAAACACCGAGCAGUUUCUCGCUAAACGAGGUAGAAAAUGGUGGGAACUAAUCGCUGGGCCGGCCAUCUGCCAGCAACAUUCUGGGCUUGCAUUCAGCAAAGAGGGCAGGCGCAUAAAUGAAGGCGGCGAAAAGUCUCGGGUGGACGGCAGAGUAGUGAUUGGCGAUAAAUGGAAAACUCCGGCAAAUCUCGACUUCAUUUUCGGGUUGGAAGACAACAAUAUACACUUGGUCGUGCGCGAGAGCGAGCGCGAGCUCUUUGUGAGCGACCUGAGGGAACCGUAUCAGUGGGAUAAUCUCCCCAUAUCCACGGCAUUGACGGACGAGCAGGCAAUGCUCUGCCCACCUGUCGUAGACUGCCAUGACUUGAGAAGCAAGAAGAGGCUCACUGUCAGCAUUGUCAAUCUGCAGCCAGUCAAAUGGAACCAAGAUGCACUGAGCCAGCUCGUACUAGAUGAAAAGAAGAAGAAAAUGCUCGAAGGCCUUGUGCAUCAUCACACAAAUCGACACCGUCGCAAUGAAAAAGGCGACCUUAUUGCCGGCAAGGGGCAAAGCCUUGUUAUUCUCCUUUAUGGGCCACCAGGCGUUGGCAAGACAUUGACCGCAGAGUCGAUUGCCGAGGCUGUCAGGAAACCUCUGGUCGCAAUGAGCAUUGGAGAAAUGGUAUGGGACGAGACGCAGCUCCAAGAACGGCUACAGACCGAGUUCCAACGAGCCAUAGACUGGGACGCAGUUCUCCUUUUGGAUGAAGCCGAUGUGGUGCUCGAAGCUCGCUCAUUUGAAGAUUCCCGCAUCCAAAUCGGCAUCGGUUUCAAGAGCAUGACAUCCGAUAUUCGGGCAAAAGUGUGGACACGGCUACUCACCCUGAAUGGUAGAGACGAGAUGAUUGGGCCAGAAGCACUCAGAAAAGUUCAGACAGAGUUGAGCAAAUACGAGUUGAAUGGGCGGCAAAUUAGAAACAUUCUAAAUGUUGCAGAGGGUCUUGCAUUCCAGGAGGAUAGGCAAAAGGCUAGGUUGAAAUAUUCACACAUCAAGGAAGCCACGAAAGCAGCGGCAGAAUUUCAGAAGAUGUUGGAGGAGUCAAAGUCGAUGAUGAAGUUGGAACAGAGUGUGUGGGCGCCAUAUAAGGACGGCGACGAUGAUUCGAUUUUCUAG